AUGCCCCUCCUGCAUGGAAGACCGUCAACGCAGCGGCAGGCUCAACCGGGACACGUAGACCUGGAAGAGACGGUAUCCGUCCAGGGUCCGACAGGGCAAACGACGGCCGCCGCCGCCAUGCAGUCUAUCCUGAACGAUGCCGCACGGCAGCAGGGACUCGGUGUUGGCCAUCCCGGUCACAAGGGGGAGGGACCAGCCAGGAGCUCGCAUUGGGCAGCUUGUCAGCUCUCCUUUGUCGGGUCGACCGGGCUCGCGCUCCUCCACACGCAUCUGCGGCUCACGGGUCAGCUUGCACCCUCCGAUCCCGUCCACGAGGAGGCCUGGCAUGAGAUACAACUACCCGCAACUGCUCAGACGCUUGACGUCCUGCUGCACGCGCCUAGCCGCAGGAACGGCUCGGGCAACUCGAUCGUCGAGUUCAAACGGCUCGUCCGAAGUCGCAUGCACGAAUACAUCGACUUCUUCAAUCCUUCCCUACUGCAACAGACACGCAGCUUGCGCAACGGAGUCGAACUGCCCGACGAAUCGUUCUUUGUGCCGGCCGUCAUGUCCGGCGAAGAAGGCGCCGGUUCUGUAGCGUGGAGCACAUCCGUCGCCAUCCCUCAUCUCGGCAUUCACCCUGCAUCGGCAGCCGGCCACCUCGUCGUCCAUCUCCAGCAUCCCAACCUUGGCGCUAUCCUUUUCUUUGAGGUUCGCAAGAUAUGGAUCCACCUCGACCCGACAUGUCCGCUCCGACCGACGCACCGAUCGCAGUCACGUCCCGUCGCUUACGCAUGCCUCUUCAACCUCAUCCUGCUUGGCGACCUCAGGAGACACGACGUCGAUAACGAGAUGUGCAGGCUCGACGACUUCCCUCGCAUUGCUGACUACGUACUCGGCAACUCGCAUGACGACCAUGGCCAGCGGGACUUCUAUCUCGAUUUCAAGGGCUGGGUCAUCGAAACGUUCAAGACGCCGCAUUCGCGCAACCAAAUUGUGUCCGACACGCUCGCAUGGCUGCGCCAAGAGUCGCUGCAUCUGCAGGCCUUGGACGACGAGGACUGGGAGCUUAUUGGACCAGAGCUGGGCCGGCUGAUCGGGCGCCAGCUCGAGCAGGUCGUCCGUAUGCUGGAGUAG